ACAACCACCAUUACACUUCAAAAGCACCCUCACACUUACAAACUUCAAUAACUUUGCUUUGUAUAUUAUUGCAAGUAAUCUACAAAAAGAAAAAAGCCAUGGGGAAUUGCUUAGUUCUUGAAGAGAAAGUAGUCAGAGUGAUGAAAACCGAUGGCAAAAUCCUUGAAUACCGACAACCCAUCAAAGUACAACAAGUUUUAUCCGAUUUCUCCAAUCACGCUUUGUCGGAAUCAUUUUCUGGCUGCCGGAAUCUUCAUCCGGACACAAAGUUGUUACCGGGUAUGUUAUAUUACCUUGUUCCGUCACCCUCGAUAAAGAGUAAGAAAAAGAAGGUGAGGUUUUCGAGUACACCAGAGGUGAAGGAUGAUGAAGAAGGAAGCCAUGGUGUUGUGAGGAUUAAAUUGAUAAUCAGUAAAAAGGAACUAGAAAAGUUGGUUCAAAAAGAUGGAGUUUCAGUUCAUGAGAUGGUGUCGAAGAUUCAAAGUAAACAAAGCAUAAAUGGAGUUGAUGAUGAUGAUGAUGAUGAUGGUGACGAUGAUAGUUGCAGAAAGUGGAAGCCUGCAUUAGAGAGUAUAACUGAAGUAAACUAGUACAGAAUAUACAUACAUAUACAUAUAUAUAUAUAUAUAGUACUGUAAGUCUGUAACAAAUAUGCUUGUUUUCAUUUAUGAAAGUCUGCAGAUAAUAGAUGCUUCAAUUUCAA